UCUCUCGCUCUGUCUCUCUGCGGAAUGCGCACUACACUUGUGAGUGGGCAGAAAGCCGGGCGUCACAGAGAAAUCGAGGUCUCCUCUCGCUCAGUCCUUGCUUGAGUGCUCAGGUUUCGGCAGAGUGCCUUGAGAAUCGCUUUUACCCAGUUUUUCAUUUUAAAAAGCUUUCUAUUGAGACCUUAAAGAUCGUUUGAACCCUUUCUCCACACUAUUCAAGGGUUGAAUAGCUUUUUAUUACUCUCAAAGAGAGUGUUAGCCCCGAGGCGUUGACUCUGUGAGUGCACAUUUAUUUCGUCCAGGAAAAUGGCAAAGGAUGAUAAGAAGAACGCGUGGAAGGAGUUCUUCUGGAACCCGAGAACGCGCGAGUUCUGCGGGAGGACCGCGAGCAGUUGGGGUCUGAUCCUGUUGUUUUAUCUGGCAUUCUACAUUUUCCUGGCUGGAUUAUUUGCUCUCACCAUGUACGUAAUGCUGCAGACGCUCGAUGACUACAGACCAACAUACCAAGAUAGACUUUCAACUCCAGGGAUGAUGAUCAGACCUAAAGGAGACCAGCUGGAGAUCGCUUACACCGUGGAGCACACAGAGACCUGGGAAAGAUACGUCCAAGCCCUCAAUAACUUCCUCUCACCCUACAACGGCACACUCCAGGCCCAAAAGAAUUAUGAAUGUAAACCGGAUAAGUACUUCAUCCAGGAGGACAGUGGCAACUUGAAAAACUUCCCAAAGCGUUCCUGCCAGUUCAAUCGCACCAUAUUGGAGAAUUGCUCUGGGAUCGCAGAUAAUUACUAUGGUUACAAAGAUGGCAAGCCCUGCAUUAUCAUCAAGUUUAACCGUGUGAUUGGUCUUUUGCCUGCUGAGGAAGGGCAGCCUCUUUAUGUUACAUGUGGUGCUAAGAAAUACAAAGUUGGGAAAGAUGAGUGGGCAGAUGACACAGAUAAACUUGGUGAACUGGAGUACUAUCCCCCAAAUGGCACCUUUGACCUUAUGUACUACCCAUACUAUGGCAAGAAAGCCCAGGUGAACUACUCUCAGCCUCUAGUGGCCGUUAAGUUCCUCAACAUCACCAAGAAUGAGGACGUCAAUGUGGAGUGCAAAAUCAACGCUAACAACAUCCCUGAGGGAAGUGAACGAGACAAGUUUGCUGGACGCAUUUCCUUCAAACUGAGGAUCAACUCCAAAGAUUAAACAAGCGAAAGUGUGUUCCAUUUCUUUUACACACAGUCACACACACACACACACAUACACAAGUCCUCCCCAUCUAAAAGAGUGUAGGAUUAUGCACAGAAGGCACAGCUAGAUAAACCCAUAAAAUACUUCAGCAUUUCAAGAGUAUUUGAGUUAGCAAUGAAGUGUGUGUACAUCAGUGUCUGUGUGUGUGUGUUUGCAUGUGUGAGCUGAGGUACACUCUUAAAAAUUAAGGUGCUUAAAAGGUUCUUUACAGCGAUGCCAUAGAAGAACCAUUUUUGGUUCCACAAAGAAGCAUUCAGUCAAAGGUUAUUUAAAAAUAUCAUCUCUUUCUAAACUUUUUAUAAUCUGAAGAACUUUUUUUUUUGCCACAAAGAACCUUUUGUGAAACAGAACGGUUUUUCAGAUGUUAUAGGUUCUUUAUGGAACCACUUAGACAAAAAAAAGGUUCUUCUAUGGCAUCGUGAAGCACAUUUUUAAGAUUGUAUCACAGUAUUUAUUUUCUGAAACACACAAUUUGAAUUGCAUGUUCAGCUAUCAGAGCUAUUUAUUAAAAAUAAUAUAUUCUAUUAAAACAAUAUUGAGAAAGGGAUUGUCAUUUAAAAAGAGAGAGAGAAAUUCCUAAUAAAUAUGCCGUUUUCUUCCCUCAGUAUCUGUAUUAAUUUAGCAGAAAUUAUUAUACUUUUAAAGCAGGUAUCUAUAAACUAAUGUGGCACGAUCUCAUGUGUGUUUGGAGCAUCUCUUGACUGCUGGGAUUUAAAAAAUAAUUUUUUUGCAUGUGUGUAUCAGUUCUGAAGAGCGGUAUUGAAACCUCUCCUCUGUCUGAUAUGUGGCUUUGUAAUUGAAGAGGAUAUUAGCAAAACUAACAUGUAGCUAAUGCUGUGCAUGAUGAACAUCCUCUCCAGCACAACACAAGAAAACUGAUACAUUUCUGCAUUCCUAUUAGUUUUGACACAGCCUAGACUUUCAUGAUGAAGUCUGUCACAUUUCAUUUAUCAUGAGGUGUGUCUAAGUUUGUUUAUAUGUAAAAGCAGUAUUACUAUUAUUAUUAUUAUUUUAUUUGUUUUUGGUUUUUUGUAUGUGUAAUCCAAUUGGUCUCACAUGGUGAGGGGAUAUGAUGUUUUGUAUUGAUUUGCAUCGACUCAGAGGAUGACAGCUUAAAGGAUGUCCAAAAAGGAUGUCAAAAGAUAGAUAGAAAAAGUAUGUUUGACAUGUGUGUGAGAGAAUAUGUGUGGAUUCCUGCAUGUAUGUUUGGAUUUGAUUUAUGUUAAUCUUUGCGCACAUUUAAAAUAUUUUUUGGAUUUUGUUGUAAGUGACUCUGAGCAUAACCAUACAGAGAGAGAGAGGCUCUAAGAGCAGAAACAGCAGGCUUGAACUGAAUCCAUCCCAGUCCUUACCCUGCAUGAGUCAAUAAAACUAAAGACGUGGUCACCAACCUCAUUUCUCAUUCUCUUUUUUUUUCUUUAAACACCUAAACUCACUCUCUGAGUAAAUACACCUCAUGCUCCAUUCUGAGAAGGGUCUUGUGGAGAGAUCAUGUACACUCUUUCAUUUAAAUGACAAGUGUGUACACUUCCUCUAAUGCCCUAAUCCUUUAAUCUUACUCUCAUAAAUAGAUAUGAUGCUUUACACCAACAUUUCCUCAAAAGCAUCUAUCUAUCUGUAUAUCUAUCUAUCUAUAUAUUGAGUCAGCUCUUUUACUGAAAAAUAUUCAGUGACAAAACAUUUCUUCACAUUUGAUCACUUUCACGUGUGUGGGAAGUUGUGGCCUAAUGGUUAGAGAGUUUGACACCUAACCCUAAGGUUGUGGGUUUGAGUCUUGGGCUGGCAAUACCCAAGGCACUGGACCCCCAACUGCUCCCUGGGUCCUGCAGCACAAAUGGCUGCCCACUGCUCUGGAUGUAUGUGUGUGUGUUCACUGUGUGUGUGUGUGCGCUUUGGGUUGGUCAAAUAGAGAGCACAAAUUCUGAGUAUGGGUCACAAUACUUGGCUGUAUGUCAUGUCACUUUCAUGUGCAUCUGUGUUGACAUAUGUAUAUUGCAUAUUUUAUGUUUGUGCAUGGUAAGGUUGUUAUCUUACUCAGCAGAGAAAGCUUCAAAUCAACAAAAUGAAGUAUUCAUUUACCUCAGGUCCCAGAUCAUACAUCAUUAACUUGACCCUGAACUAGUAGAAAAAAAAAGUUUGUAACACCAUGCACAAAUAAUAAUAAUAAUAAUAAUAAUAAUAAUAAUAAGUGACAUUUUUGGCGCAUGCUGGCUUUGAGACAAUGUUUUUGUAAACAGGGCCCCUAGUGUAACAGUUGUGCUGUGCCUCUCUUACGCCACCAACUGUUUCUACUGAAGUACACAAUAUAUAGUGCACAAGCAUAUGUUUUAUUAUACAAGAAUCUUCUUAAAAGCAAUAUAUUUAUAUUUUGAGCCCCUUUGAUGUAUAAAGAAAAGUUACAUGCUAUAUGUGUAUUUUUCUUUAGAUUGGCUGAUCAUGAAGGUAAACAUUUAUUGCAAUAUUUAAAUAAGUUUAUAGAUGAGAAAGGCAAUAUGGAUUUUAAAAUCACAUGAAAUAUAAAAUAGAUCCUAUAUUUUCAAAGAACCUAUAUUUCUAUUUUUGUUGAUCAUUUAUGACUAAAAGCAUGUGACAGCUGGGGUAUGUGGCUCGAUAUGAAGCUUUGCAGUGCUUAUUAUAAAAUACAAGGAGGUCAGAAGACUUAAUCUGCCCAAGAAUGUAAUAAAUCUUAAACACUAAUCUGGACCUCUUUGUAGUUUAUGAAAUACCAAAAUGUAUACAACUUUUAUGUUUCAUAAAACUAGCAUUGACAAUGCAAUAUCUGUUUAAAUAAGUCUAUUGUGAACAUUAACCAACAGAACUUUUGAGAUGAAAAGUCAUUUACCUAAUGUAUAUGUAUACAUUAAAUGUUGUGGUUUAGAUGUGUUUGAACAGAUGGAGUCGGCUGUGUGUCACCACCUCAACAACAUCACAGAACAAAAAACACUGUUCAUUUAAUAUGGCUGAAUGUUAACACAACACUGGACCUUGUGCAAACUGUGCUCAAAUAUUUGAUGAACAAUGACAACCUGACAUUAUAUUGACUAGUUAUGUUAAACACCUUAUUCUGUAUUUGUUCAUAGGCCUAAAUGAAUGUAUUGAAAUAACAAACCUAAUAAAAUGAACAACAAUG